AUGGAUCGCAAGCACUUGGCUGCUUUUGGAACGCAGCUUCCGUGUGCUGAGCCUGAGGAAACACAGCAGGCCUCACCUCAGCGGCGCUGGUCUCUUCUUAACCACAAACGAUUCUUCAGCUCCAGUUUUCCAGCAUCCAAUGUCCCAGGACAGCAAAGGUUUUAUUUUAAUGGAUCUGGUUUCUUGUUAACCACAGUCAAUUCUUCAUCUCCGGCCGACCAGAUGCCACAGAUUGUUCACACGAAAGGUCCGAUCAAGGUGUUGUGGAAAGACAUUGAAGGAAAACGUAGCUGCUACUGUUUUGGAAGUCCUGGGAUCCAUGAGAAUAACACAAUAGGGAAAGUCGAUGAAGAACUUCCUGAGAAGUCGAGCAGGAAGCAGGAGGGCGAAGGGAUACUAAGCAAUGAGGCCAACUGUGAGAGCAAGACAGACCUCGUCAUGCUUAAGGUGGCCGCGAAAACUUGGCACAACACUGGGGACACCAGGGAAACCAGAAAUGCCCUAGCCCUCUGUGUAGAAUUCACCUCAACAACAGCCAACAGAAUAUUUUCCAAUUUGUCCCUGGAUGAACGUUGCCUUUCUGCAUCAUUGGUCUGCAAGUACUGGCGUGACCUUUGUUUGGAUUUCCAGUUCUGGAAGCAGCUGGAUCUUAGCAGUCGACAGCAGGUUACUGAUGAAUUAUUGGAAAAAAUUGCAUCGAGAAGUCAGAAUAUAAUUGAAAUCAACAUUUCUGAUUGUCGCAGUAUGUCUGACACUGGCGUGUGUGUCUUAGCAUUUAAGUGUCCUGGACUUCUUAGGUAUACAGCCUACAGGUGUAAACAGCUUUCCGACACCUCCAUUAUUGCAGUUGCCUCUCACUGUCCUUUACUGCAGAAAGUGCAUGUAGGCAACCAGGACAAACUUACUGAUGAAGGACUCAAGCAGCUGGGCUCAAAAUGCAGAGAACUCAAAGACAUUCACUUUGGCCAGUGUUACAAGAUCUCAGAUGAAGGCAUGAUUGUCAUAGCUAAAGGCUGCCUGAAGUUACAAAGAAUAUAUAUGCAGGAAAACAAAUUGGUGACAGACCAGUCAGUGAAGGCAUUUGCCGAGCACUGCCCCGAACUCCAGUAUGUUGGCUUCAUGGGUUGUUCAGUUACUUCCAAAGGAGUCAUUCACCUAACCAAGCUAAGAAACCUUUCCAGUUUGGACCUCCGUCAUAUCACUGAACUGGACAAUGAAACUGUGAUGGAAAUCGUCAAGAGGUGCAAAAAUCUUAGCUCUCUGAACCUCUGUCUGAACUGGAUCAUAAAUGACAGGUGUGUGGAGGUCAUUGCAAAGGAGGGACAAAACCUGAGAGAGCUGUACUUGGUGUCCUGUAAGAUCACUGAUCAUGCACUGAUCGCCAUUGGGCGGUACAGCGUGACCAUAGAGACGGUGGACGUCGGAUGGUGUAAAGAAAUCACGGAUCACGGAGCCACCCUGAUUGCACAGAGCAGCAAAUCCCUGAGAUACUUGGGACUGAUGAGAUGUGAUAAAGUGAACGAGGUGACCGUUGAGCAGCUGGUGCAGCAGUACCCCCACAUCACCUUCAGCACUGUUCUGCAGGACUGCAAGAGGACCUUGGAGAGAGCCUACCAGAUGGGCUGGACCCCCAACAUGUCUGCCGCUUCCUCCUAACGCUCUUGCCCAUGCCUGAGCAGGGCAGAGAAAUGGAGGGUGGGGCUGGGGUAACGGUUUUAACCGCCACCUGUCUGUCUGGACCUGUGUUAUAUUUGUGUCUUGUUUGCAUAUUGCAUAGCAUAAGUGCACUUGUUAUGUCCCCAGGUGAGCUGGCUUGUGUUCCUAAAAAUGGAAGAUUAUGAAAACCAUAAAAACUUUUUUUUAAUCCAAAAGUUUAUUUCUCUAAAAAAAAGACUUUGUGAAAUCUCAAGUCAGAAAACUGGGUGUAUUAUUUUGAGCGUCUAAGUUCCUCCACAUCUUGGAGAUGCUCGGCCAAAGGCUUUCUUUUGUGAUGGAAUACGCUGUUCACUUCUGAUUAGACCAGAACAGGAGACACGCCUGCGGUUCCAUGCUUGUGGACCCUCAUGUCUGUGCACGUGUGCUCAGUGAAUGUCUUGAUAAGUUACAUCCUGACUGAGGGACCUUCCUGGAGGGCCUGGGGAGGGCAUGCCACUCCCACUGGUAAUGGCUGACUCACUGUGCCCACAGGUGGUCAUCUUGCUGUCUUGUGGGUACCUUAGGAACUAGAGAGAAUAAAAAAGUCUUUUGUAAAUUUGUAUAUGGAGGCAACAAUCCCUGGCCAGCUCACAAAAGUUAAUUAUUCAUUAUUCUGUAAAUGCUUUUCUGUUGAGUAAUAAAUAUUUUAGUUGGUUUUACAUUGACACCUUGUUAGCUUUUACUUUGUGGGUAGUUACUGGUCAGGGUAUAUUUUAGUGACAUUUGGGGCUCAUCUUAACAUUAUCCACAUUGAAGCCACGAAUGUAAUUAAUGGUGUGCAGCUAUUUUAAAAAUUUUACAGAUCAUUUCAUUAUUUUGGCAAUUUUGGUAAUUAUGAAAAUAUAUUCUGAGCUGGAGUAGUCACAUUGGUAGAUUAAUGAAUGAAAUGUAAGUAGACAAUCUUCCUAUUGAAUAUUUUCUUUUGAGUUGGGAUUUAGAACAGGUUUUUGGAUAUAUGCAUGUUAUAAUUUUGAAUAGUUCUCACACUACUGCAGAGAUCUACUGUUAGCUAAUGUAUGAAUUAAGGAGAGAGUUAGAAAAUCUGUUCAUUAAGAUUCUGUUUGCACUUGCCAGAAAUAAGUAUUUUAGUUUAAUUAAAUAUUACCAGCAUUUAGUUAUCUCAGUUCCUAUCAGAAAAUGAGUAUAUGUUUUGAUUUCAUACACCUUUACAGUUAAUCCAUUGUAGGAACUCAGGUUCCAAUAACCUCUCCUGUGUCUGGAUCUAUAAUCAGGCAGCAGGGAGUCUCUUUAAGCUAAAGAGUGGUUAACUUUCAUAGUAGGAGAAGCAAAACCUUGACCUUUGAACUUGCUAUUUAUUCUCCCCUCAUGUGGUCUUUGGUCUUUGACAAUUAUGAUGAGGUCUGACUUUAUUUCCUGUAAACCCCGAUACUCCUGAAGUGAUACGAGCCGCAAGAAGCAGAAAGCAGCUUCCCGUCUGAAUGCCGUUCGCAUACGUACGAGAACUACUUUCCUGUAGAAAUGCUGGUUUCCUUCGAGUAUGUCAAUAUGCUUCUGAUGUGGCAUUUUCUUUUUUUGCUUUAAUUCCAAUCAGUUAAAAAUAAAUACUGAGCAAGUAUCAGGAAUAUUUUCCCCCCACGGCCAAACAGGUUGCUAGUUUAGUUUGAAAAAAAUAAAAUUUGUUUAAGAAAAAGUUGUUUACUAUUAGAAAACUACAUUUCUUCUUAAACAUUGAACUGUAUCAUUUUAUAUCCAUUUCUCCACUACUAAAACAUGUUAUUUCAUAAUAUUUUAACUGCUUUUUAACCCAGAAGUAAUUUAUAAGACUAUGUGUAUAGUAAUAGUAGCUUGAAUGAAUAAACAAAAGUUUAAUUUUAUAUGUCACAUUAUAUUUUAAAGAGCUACAAAAGGACAAAAGAAGGAAAAGUCAUCUUUGAUACAGAUAGCAUGAUGUCAGUUCAAAGUUGAGAUCAUUUUUGGAGUGUUAGGGUGAAGUCGUCAGUGGUGUCAGAGGGUAGAAUGAAUUCUGUGAAUGUUGCAUUCUUUGAACCUGAAGUCCAGCACUCUAACACGCUUUAGCUUGGGGGGUGGGGGCUGCACUUACUCUCUAAGAUGCUGAUAAUACAGAAAACCUGUGCAACAGAACUGGGAAACUGCUUUGGCUCAUUUAUAGAAAUCUGUAGAAGUAUCAUCCAGCCUCAAAGUAUUAAUCUCAUAGAAACAAACAACAACAAAAAAAAAAAACAGCCAAGAAAAGCAUCACCUCAGUGACCCUGGGGAGGGUGUUGAAUGUGCUCUCAUUAGACGCUUUGAAAUGAGGCUUAAAAUACUUUUUCUGGGCAAUAUAGUUCCUUUUUUGCUUAGACUGUCAUAAAUACAUGUGAACACAUUUAAUGUGGGGCUUUUUAUCCUCUCCAAAUGUCAACAGUAUUUUCAGAAUAAAGCCUAUGAAAUAUAUUGCUGCAGUGGAAAAGUCUGGUCCUUUGUAUUUAAUGUCCUUUUGAGUGGAUAAAGAAAAUUCACUCAGUUUGUAGUUUCUAUAUUUCUGUGAAUCUUUUGACCUUGCAAUGGGUUGCAAUAAAAGAGAAACCAAACUCCA